UCUAGAUUGUUUAUUGGAAAUUUGCCAGCAAAUUCUAUUACGAAACAAAACAUGUGGAGAAUUUUUAAUCAGUAUGGGGAUGUUAUUCAAAUCAGUAUUAAAGAAGGAUUUGGAUUUUGCCAAUUUCGAACAAUUGAUCAAUGUUCAGCGGCGAUUGAAGGUGAGAGCAAUGUUCCAUUGCGUGGGAAAGUUAUGCAUCUUGAAAUCUCU